AAUAAAUUUAUUUAAUAAUGGGAGCAUGUGGUGGUAAAUAAGGAGGAGAUAAACAACAAGCGAUGUCGAAAGAACAGAAACGUAAGCAAAUUAUUUCGAGACUUAGAAUUGGCUGUAAAUAAAUUCGAGGUUGGCCCCAACAUCUUUGUUAACUUAAAGCAGGGUGAUAUAACUGAUACUUAUAUCAUUAAUAAAAUAUUAGGUGAAGGUAUUAACAUCAAAUUAUCAGUCAGGUUCAUAUGGAUAGGUGAGACUUGUUUAACAUAAGAAGACUGGAUAAUAAAGAGCAAUGAAAUAAAUAUAAAAAAAGAAAAUACUCAAGGAAUAAGAGGACGCUAUGUUUAGUGAAGUGGCCUUGCUCAAAGAUAUGGAUCAUUAGAACAUUGUCAAAUUAUUCGAGUUGUAUCAGGAUAGUCAAAAUUACUAUUUGGUUACCGAAUACUUGAAUGGAGGGGAAUUGCUAGAUAAAUUAACCAAGUUGUCAACCUUUAAUGAGAGAACAGCAGCAGAGUACAUGAAAUAAGUAUUGUCAGCCCUCUCUUAUUGUCAUGCCUAAAAUAUUAUCCAUAGGUAUAUUAAAAAUUUAUGUUAUGUAGAGACAUGAAACCAUCAAAUAUUAUGUUAGCAUCCCCCGAUCCCAAAUCCCCCAUAAAAGUCAUUGAUUUUGGUACAGCCAAAAAGUAAGUGAGUGGGGAGUCUUAGACCUAGGUUAUCGGAACAGUAUUUAUCUAUUCUUAUUAUUAUUAUUAUAGCCCUUGUACAUAGCUCCUGAAGUCAUUGACAAAAAUUAUACUGAAAAAUGCGAUAUCUGGUCAUGUGGGGUCAUUUUGUAUUAAAUUCUAACUGGAAAAUUCCCCUUUGAUGUCAAGGUCCAAAGUUUACAAUAAUUAUUCAAUAAUAUCAAAUCGGGAAAAUAUAAUUUUAACUCAAAAGAGUUUACUAGUUUGUCUUUUGAAGCUCAAGCUCUCAUUAAGUCCAUGCUUGAGUUGGAUCCCAAGAAAAGACCAUCAGCAAGUGAGAUUUUGAACGAUCCUUGGAUCAAGGAAAAAGCAAAAGAAGAUAAGAUAAGUCUGGAUGUUAUGAAUGAUUUAGGCAAAUUUCAUGUAAAAAUUAUUAUACUAUAUCCUCUUAGAAUGAAAGUAAUAUGAGAGCAGCUAUUUUACAAUUGAUUGCAGGUGAAAUGAUGACCAAUGAAGAAAAAGACCAAUUGAAUUAAACCUUUUAAAGUAUGGAUAAAAACAAAGACGGAUAACUUUCUAAAGAAGAGUUAAUAUAAGGUAUUCAUAUCUAUCAUAAAUAUAGCUUACACUCAAGUUUUUAAUGAUGAAUUAAAGGCUAAACAUUUAGUAGACGAUAUUUUCACAUAAAUCGAUUAAAACAACUCUGGAAAAAUAAGUUACACUGAAUUUUUAGUUGCAUCAGCUAAACAAAAUAUAAUUUUGUCAAAAACUAAAAUUGAUCAGGCAUUUAAAAUGUUUGAUAAGGUAUUUUAUAAGUUAAUUAUCAAUAGGAUGGUAAUGGUCAAAUAAGUAAACUAGAGUUAUAAGACAUUAUGUGCGGUGUAGAUAUUGAUAAUGCCUAAUGGGGACAAAUUAUAGCUUAAUGUGAUAAAAAUGGUGACGGAAUCAUCUAAUACGAUGAAUUUGCGAAUAUGUUAUUAUAAACUGCCAAAAAAUGA